AUGUCGUCGCAGACCAUGACGGCGCCAGCGGUGGGCCAUCGUCCGCCUGAUCCAGGCACCGAUACGCCCAUGUACGACUUUGGCGGCUCACAAAACGGCGCUUCACCCCCGAACGACCCUAGAAGCGACUCCGCAAUCCCCGACAUGCAUAAUUCUGCCCCAGCCUCCAGGGCCUUGCCCGACACGCCGAUUGGAAUAAAAAGAGAGUCGUUGGAUAACCAUGACUUCGCCAUGGCCGACCACGAGAAGGAUUCAAAUGCCCAAUCCGCUGCCGGCGCACUAUUGGCCCAACUCCUCGGCAAUCAAUCUGCGCCGAAUCCUUCUGCGCCAGAGCCUUUCGUCGGACAAAAGAUAGAGGAACAGGAUGGAGGAUUACACGACUCAAAUCGCCCGUCACUCGAUCUAACCGCCCAAUUCUCCACGUCCGCCGAUCCGAACUUACCACAAGACCCUACCUCGGUGUCCGCGGGUAUGCCCAACAUGUCGAACGGUGAUUUUCCGAUGACGGAUUUCCUUGCAGGACUCGGUGCAACUGCGCAGGAAGGAGGUGGCUUGGGAGAACAUCGAUUAUCAGACGCUAUGGAUUCUCUUUCCGAUCCGUUAAACUCCAAGCAUAAUAUGGACCAGCCCUCGCUCCUGCCAGCUUUUGACUUGACAGCGAAUCCGAAGAACGCUUUCGAGGCUCUUCAGCAAAAUGAGCUUUUGACGGCUGCUUACCUAUCACAAGGCGCUGAUCUUUCAGCUCUUGGUUAUCAAGAUGCAUCGGCAUCAAUUGCCGGGUCCGAGCCUCGCAUUCAGGCGUUUGCCAAGUUGGAAUUUGAUGAUGGGCAUUUCUACUGCAACACCUACUCUUUCAUCUUAGGGCGAGAUGUCCGAGCUGCACGCGCCGCCCAUCAGCGAGAAAUCCAGUACCGGCAGGCCGUGCGGAGCUCUCGAGCAAGGAGCUCAAACGCCUCGCAUACACCCAACCGCAUAAAACGGGAGGAAAGUGCUGCCAUGAUGGGCAGUGUGGUCAGUGAUCGUGGAGGUAUUAUGGGCUUUGAUCCGGACGUCCCCCCGCAUAUGCCAUCCAAUUUAAAUAUCAGCCGACGAUCAUCAAAAUCUUCUCUCGGUGAAUCGGCUAUGCCCUUGCAUGCCAAUCCCGCGCAAUUGCAGACCACUACUUCAACGGACUACAAUGCCCUUGCAAUGCAAUCCCUUGAAGAUGGAAACGGUGACCCUAAACCUGUUGAUGCCUUGGCUUUACUCCCAUCUCCUGACUCUUGUCCGACAAUUCCCAUUCACCCCCCAUCAACCAUUGACGGCAGUGCCGCAGGUCACCGUGGUAUCUCUCGUCGACAUGUCCGCAUCGCCUACAAUUUUGACCGGAGUCUCUUCGAGAUGGAGGUCAUGGGCCGCAAUGGUGCCUUUAUCGGAGCCGAUUGGUUAUCGCCAGGCCAACUCCGUCCGUUACACAGCGGAGAUUACAUCCAAAUUGGAGGCGUGCGUAUUCGAUUCCUAUUACCUGAUGUUCCUAUCGGAGAGACUGGCGCAGAUCGUUUGGAAGAACAGGCAGCAGAGGAAAAAGAAGCUCCACAGUCUGUAGAGGUUGACGCUGACGUGGAUGCCGACGUGGAUGCCGACGCGGAUGCCGAUGCCGAUGCCGAUGCCGACGCAGAACACGAGCUUGAUGAUGAGAUGGACGGUUUAAGCGAUAAUGACGAUGGCAGGGAUUCUUCCGGGUUGACUAAGAAUAUCCAUAAGACGAAAGACCAUGACUCAAAGGCGCACUCCGUUGAAUCUUCAGGAGAUCAGCCGGCCCGCCGCCGUGGGCCUGGUCGACCCCCCAAGGAUGGAAUCAUGUCCAAGCGUGAAAGAGCUGAACUUGCUCGGGAGCAGAAGAUAGCCGCUAAGCGGGAAGCCAAUGGUGGUGUCACACCACCGAUGCAGAACCGUCCACCAAUCAAGGCAGGAAAGACAAUAACAACAAAUACUACCACGCUGGAGUCUGUUGGAGUUGAAUCACCACCUUCGGCUGUCAAGCCCUCAGCAGAAAAGAGGAAGUAUAAGAAGCGGAAGCCCGAUGGCAUGGAUUAUCCUCUACCUUCCAUGGAAGGUGGUCAAUACCCUCCAGAGCAAAGGCAGGAGGAAUACGUGAAGCCUCCGCCAGUCAAGAAACGGAAACCCUCUCGGUCUCCAUCUCCAAACUAUCCCCCCGAGUCUGUCUACACGCAGGAAGAUCUUGCUAAGCCGCCUUACAAUUAUGCUGUUCUCAUCUUUGAUGCCUUGACAGAAGCCGGUACCCCAAUGACGCUCAAGCAAAUCUACCGCGCAUUGAAAUUGAAGUAUCCCUACUUCCGCUUCAAGUGCGAGACAGAGGGUUGGACUUCAAGUGUACGGCACAAUCUCAAUGGCAAUAGCCACUUGUUCAUGCACGCAGAGCGAGAUGGAGAAGAAGAGACGGCCCUCACCUCCUCCGCCGCAACCCCAACAACCACCGCCGCAAAUGUCAGCACCAGCUCCGCAGCCAUAUAUGGGACCUAUUUCUCAUUCAUAUCCUCCUCCAUCCGGUGGUCCACCUCCAGUGCAAGCUCAGCAUCACAACUUUCAAUUCCCUCCGAUGCCAUCUACCAACUUCUCUGCACCACAGCCAGCUCCUCAGCACUCUAG